AAGAUAGCAAGAUGGUGCGUCUCAGUGUGAAGAAAGGUAACGACUCCCUCUUCAUACACGACACAACAGUUAAACAGAAUGUGGCUGAACUGGUGACAGAUAUUCUGGCUGUGUAUGGUCUGAGACUCAAAGUACUGCGACUUUGUGAUGAGAUGCAGUCGUUGGCAAAACACGGUCACUUCCUGCCCCCUGACAUGCAAGGUUUGACAGAGGAUCAGAUUGAAGAGCUUAAAUUGCACGAUAAGUAUGAGAAGAUCUGUGUUCCACAAGGUGGCUCUGUGGAAUGUGAAGACCCUAUUGGACGUAGAUCGGGAAAAGCUCCAAACGAGUCAAUGGCGGAAGUAAUAAUGAAGACGAUAACAGAUGCUAAAGAAGGAGUAUCCAACAAGAUUGCCGCUGCUAACAAAUCCUUGACUGUGAAAGACGUGGAGGAUUGUCUCGAUAAGUUGAAAGGAGCUAUCAUGAUUGUUUAUCCGAUGAAAUUGCCCACUUACGACCCAGUACAAGCAGAGAUUGAUAACUGCGAGGAUUUGUCGGGAACUCAGGCGUCUCUAGAAGUGAUCGAAAAAGAACAUGGCAGUUUAUGGUGGGCGGGAAAGGAGCUUAUGCCUGAGAAGACGCUGGAAGAUUACAUUGGGAAGAACGAGAAAACCAAGAUCAUUGUGAAGCUGGCGAAGAAAGGAUCUUCUGCGCCGGGAAGAGAGCAGCAAAUGACAGAAGAGCAGAAGAAACAGAUGAUGGCUUGGCAGUACAAGAAACAAGAAGAGAUGAAGAAGCUACACACAGCGGAUGACGGUGAUGACUACUACAACAGUAAGUGGGCGAACUCUGGGGCUCUCAAAAACCAGUUCCAGGGUAUUGGUAACAUCAAGUGGGGUCCCAGUUAAACUCCACUUCUCCCACCAGACCAGUGCCGGACACUAAUGCCCUUAUAAACCCAGCAGUUUACAGCAGUUUAAUUUAUCAUUUUUAUGUGUAAAUAUAAUGUAUUUUGUGUAUAGUACAAGUAAA